AGGCUGCGGCGAGCGAGGCGCUGACAGGGACCCGCGGGGGCAUCUAGCACACCGACCCCUGGACCACGCCGCCAUCGCAGCCUCCCGCCCAGUCCUCUCUCCGCUGCUUCUCCUCGCCAUGGAGGCGAGGCCGCCGCCGCCGCCGCGGGGCUUCGAGCAGCGGACCGGGCGGCGGCCCUGAGGGGAGCGGCGGGCCGAGACGCCGCCGCCGCGGUGCUGAGGCGGAGCUGCCGUGCGCGUCCCCCGCGGUCCCGCCCAGCGCCGGGCUCGCCCCUGCUCAUUUGGCUCCAUUGCUGUGGACCUUUGGUGAAGUAUAACUUCAUGGCAGCCAGGAAGCAAUGAGUGGAGUGACAGAGUCAGAGACAGGGACAGCGUAUCUGCCCCAGUGGUCUGUCUUUCCUGUGUUCCAGCAGGAGCCCUAGCCUGCCAGAUGGACCCGUGCACCUCUGCGGUCAGCAUGGAUUCCUGGUUCAUUCUUGUUCUGUUUGGCAGUAGUCUAAUACAUGUCAGUGCCAACAAUGCUACUACAGUUUCACCUUCUUUAGAAAUUACAAGAUUAAUUAAAACAUCAACAACAGAAUCAAUUAAGGAGGAGAAUAAAACUUCAAAUCCAACCUCUUCAGUAAUUUCUCUUUCUGUGGCACCAACAUUCAGCCCCAAUCUAACUCUGGAACCCACCUAUGUAACUACUGUCAAUUCUUCACACUCUGACAAUGGGACCAAGAGAGCAGCAAGCACGGAUUCUGGAGGCACUACUGUCUCACCCAAUGGAACAUGGCUUGAUAACGUAUUUACGGACUCCAGGACAGAACCCUGGGAGGGGAAUUCCAGCACGGUAGCAACCACUCCAGAGACCUUCCCUCCUGCAGGUAAUUCUGACUCAAAAGACAGGAGAGAUGAGACACCAAUUAUUGCAGUGAUGGUGGCCCUGUCCUCUCUGCUAGUAAUCGUUUUUAUUAUCAUAGUUCUGUACAUGUUAAGGUUUAAGAAAUACAAGCAAGCUGGGAGCCAUUCCAAUUCUUUCCGGCUGUCAAAUGGCCGCACAGAGGAUGUGGAGCCCCAGAGUGUACCACUUCUGGCCAGGUCCCCAAGCACCAACAGGAAGUACCCACCACUGCCUGUGGACAAGCUGGAAGAGGAGAUUAACCGAAGAAUGGCUGAUGACAAUAAGCUCUUCAGAGAGGAAUUCAACGCUCUCCCUGCUUGUCCUAUCCAGGCCACCUGUGAGGCAGCCUCCAAGGAGGAAAACAAGGAAAAAAAUCGAUACGUAAACAUCCUGCCUUAUGACCACUCUAGAGUACACCUGACACCAGUUGAAGGGGUUCCAGAUUCUGAUUACAUCAAUGCUUCAUUCAUUAAUGGCUACCAAGAAAAGAACAAAUUCAUUGCUGCACAAGGACCAAAAGAAGAAACGGUGAAUGAUUUCUGGAGAAUGAUCUGGGAACAAAACACAGCUACCAUCGUUAUGGUGACCAACCUGAAGGAGAGAAAGGAGUGUAAAUGUGCCCAAUACUGGCCAGACCAAGGCUGCUGGACCUACGGGAAUGUCCGUGUGUCUGUUGAGGAUGUGACUGUGCUGGUGGAUUACACAGUACGGAAAUUCUGCAUUCAGCAGGUGGGCGACGUGACCAACAGAAAACCACAGCGCCUCAUCACUCAGUUCCAUUUUACCAGCUGGCCAGACUUUGGGGUGCCUUUUACCCCAAUUGGCAUGCUCAAGUUCCUCAAGAAGGUGAAAGCCUGUAACCCUCAGUAUGCAGGGGCUAUCGUGGUCCACUGCAGUGCAGGUGUAGGGCGCACUGGUACAUUUGUUGUCAUCGAUGCCAUGCUGGACAUGAUGCAUUCAGAGCGGAAAGUGGAUGUCUAUGGUUUUGUGAGCCGGAUCCGGGCCCAACGCUGCCAGAUGGUACAGACAGACAUGCAAUACGUCUUCAUAUACCAGGCCCUUCUGGAGCAUUAUCUGUAUGGGGAUACAGAACUGGAAGUGACUUCUCUGGACACCCACCUGCAAAAAAUUUAUAACAAGAUCCCAGGAACUAGCAACAAUGGAUUAGAAGAAGAGUUUAAGAAGUUAACUUCAAUCAAAAUCCAGAAUGACAAGAUGCGCACUGGAAACCUUCCAGCCAACAUGAAGAAGAACCGGGUUUUACAGAUCAUUCCGUAUGAAUUUAACAGAGUAAUCAUUCCAGUCAAACGCGGUGAAGAGAACACAGACUAUGUGAACGCAUCCUUCAUCGAUGGCUACCGGCAGAAAGACUCCUACAUUGCCAGCCAGGGCCCUCUUCUCCACACAAUUGAGGACUUCUGGCGAAUGAUCUGGGAAUGGAAGUCCUGCUCCAUCGUAAUGCUCACAGAACUGGAAGAGAGAGGCCAGGAGAAGUGUGCCCAGUACUGGCCAUCUGAUGGCCUGGUAUCCUAUGGAGACAUCACAGUUGAGCUGAAGAAGGAGGAGGAAUGUGAGAGCUACACUGUCCGAGACCUCCUAGUCACCAACACCCGAGAGAACAAGAGUCGACAGAUCCGACAGUUCCACUUCCAUGGCUGGCCUGAGGUGGGCAUCCCCAGUGACGGGAAGGGCAUGAUCAACAUCAUCGCAGCCGUGCAGAAGCAGCAGCAGCAGUCCGGGAACCAUCCCAUCACCGUGCACUGCAGCGCCGGGGCAGGACGGACAGGGACCUUUUGUGCCUUGAGCACAGUCCUGGAGCGUGUGAAAGCUGAAGGAAUUUUGGAUGUCUUCCAAACUGUCAAGAGCCUGCGGCUACAGAGGCCACACAUGGUCCAGACACUGGAACAGUAUGAAUUCUGCUACAAGGUGGUGCAAGAGUACAUCGAUGCCUUCUCAGACUAUGCCAACUUCAAGUAACAGGGCUUCAAUCGCACGAGGGACUCCUGUAUGUCCAAAGGAAAAUGUGUCUCACAUAGCGCAACCGUGUGGAAAGAGCGAGAGUGACCAAUUCAUCCAUGACACUCUGGCAGAUGAGCGACAGCUGGGUCGGGGGAGGGGUCGGAACGGAAGUGAGCAUUUCCUCCAGCACUGCCUAGAGCCCUACCACCUAGACCCUACUUCAUUGACUCCACUUUGUCACCACUGCCCCCCAGAUCACCUGCCAUUGAAGACAGGUGACAUUGAGGAGAAAAGUGAGCACAUUUUGAAAAAAUGUAAAUAGAAUUGGUGCACAAUCUGCACAAAACAGGGUGAUUAUAAGUUCUUUAAAUUUACUGCAGUGUCCAGGUCAAGGGACGAAACUGGCACUUGGUGUUUCUCAGACCUUAGGAGGUGUUGUUAGAAUCCAAAGCGUUAAGUUGGAGAUGCUGCUCAGUUGACAGGGUGCCUGCUUAGUGUGUGCAAAGUCCUGCAUUUAACUUCCUGCACUGCAUGAGCUGGUCAUGGUGGUAACACAUACAAGAGGUGGAACAAAGAGGCUCAGAAGUUCAAGACAGCCUCUAUUAAGAAAAGAAAAAGAUUUCAAAAAAAAGUUCCUUGUGGAUUUGUUUCCAACAUGUCUAUAUGGUAACUUAUCUCUGUUAGUAGAGUUGAAAAGUUCAGGGAAAGGGCUCUGCCUCCCUUUUGACCACCUUGUAGCCAUUUUGAGGUUUUGAAUAUUGUGUGUGUGUGUGUGUGUGUGUGUGUGUGUGUGUGUGUGUGUAUGCCAUAGAAUACAUUUAUGGAGAUCAGAGAAUAAUUUGCAGGAGUUGGUUCUUUCUUCCACCAUGUGGCUUCCAGGGAUUGAACUCACGUCCUCAAACUUGACAGCAAAUGCCUUUGCUCAUCUUGCAGGUUUACCAUUUUAAUUUUUUAAUGUGUUAUAUGCACGCAUACAUGUGAGUUUCCUUCCCUCAGAAGCCAGAAGAGAGUAUUGUGUCCCUGGGAAAUGAAGUUACAGGGAUUUGAGCUGUCUGAUAUGGAUGCGGGGAAUAUUUAACCUCACUGCAGGGCCAUCUCCAGUGCGAUUGUGAUUUUUGUUUCAACCUCAGAUCCCUUCUAUCUAUUGCUGUGACGAGACGUUAUGACUAUGGCAACUCUCAUAAAGGAUAGCAUUUAAUUGUGGUGGCUUGCUUACAGUUCAGAGGUUCAGUCCAUUAUUAUCAUGGCAGGACAUGGCAGUAUGCAGGCAGACAUCAUGCUAGAGAGGGAGCCCAGAGGUCUACAUCUCGCACAGGCAACAGGAAGUAGACUGAGACACUGAGUGUGGCUUGAACAUGUAUGAGACCUCAAAGCACGCCUCCACAGUGGCACACUUCCUCCAACAAAGGCACACCUUC